ACUGGCUCAUCCCCAAACACAGACAGCUACAAAAGGCCCCGACCAGCCGCUACUCUCACCUUAAGACCCACUGUUGUGUGACUGUGAAGAGAGAUAACCUCCGCCUCACAGUAGACCAAUUGGGCUGAGAGGUUUGUACAGCAGCUGCGAAAAGAUCCAGCUAUCCUAUCUACACACACUCAGGUGUCAGACGGAAAUGGGUAACUCAACAGGAAGCACCGUGGACGACCUGCAGUCGGUGGAGAUGCACCUCUGGUACAAGAAGUUCAUGACUGAGUGCCCCUCAGGUCAGCUCACCCUGCAUGAGUUCAAGCAGAUCUUCGGGCUGCGAGGGUUGGACCCAGAGGCCAACGCCUACAUAGAGCAAAUGUUCCGCACGUUUGACAUGAACAAGGAUGGCUACAUUGACUUCAUGGAGUAUGUAGCUGCUCUCAGUCUGGUGAUGCGAGGAAAGAUGGAGCACAAGCUACGCUGGUAUUUCAAACUUUAUGAUGUGGAUGGCAAUGGCUGCAUUGACCGACAUGAGCUCCUCAACAUCAUAAAGGCCAUCCGUGCAAUCAAUGGGAAUGAAAGUCAGGAUGGAUCUGCUGAGGAUUUCACUAACCGUGUGUUUGACCGGAUUGACAUAAACGGAGAUGGUGAGCUUUCCUUGGAGGAGUUUGUGGCCGGCGCUCGCAGUGACGAAGAUUUCAUGGAGGUGAUGAUGAAAAGUCUGGACCUCACACACAUCGUGGCCAUGAUUGACAAGAGGAGGCACAGCAUUUAGGAUCUGCCCAUCCAAACUACCUCAUCCUCAUUCAUGAUUUAACCCGAGAGCUUCAAGACAGGGCCUCUAGUAAAAAUGUCAUUUAUAGACUGCGAUUUCUUUUAGGAUUGAAUCCAGUUUAAUAAUGCAAACUCUGACAUGUCUUAUUUCAAAUCUCGAAAAAGAGUGAAACGUGUGCACUUCAAAUGCAUUUGGAUGACUCAGUCAACCUUUGCAAACUGGUCAUUGUCCUUGUUUAUCCAUGCUGAGCUCUCCCCCAAGGCCACCUUGGCACGAGGGAUGAUCUCUCAGACGGUCCACUUACCCACAGAUACCCCGCAGGAUAAAAGAGGAGAUAGUGGAGCAAAGUGGCAAUUACACGCACUCAAUGCUUUUCUGAGUCGGAGUUCUUCUGCCUCAAAAUAUUAAAUCUCUUUUUUUUUUUUACCCAUUCUUGCCUGUUGGGUUCACAGGAGGAAGCUAUGACUCUGCAGUGUGCUUAACAUCCAUACUUAUUAUUUGAUUACUUGUUCAGAUUCUCAAAUGUUUACCUUUUUUAAAGUUAACCUUUUUUUUAACAUUUUAAAUAAAGUUGAAGCAGAAGGCAAAAUACCA